AUGGCGGAUGCGGCAGUGGUCGGGAUCGUCACUUUUGGGGAAGGCCGAGUUGCAUACAAGACCCUGAAGUCGGCAGAAUUCAAGUGUGAAGAUUUGGUGAAGCCCGAUGCUGUGACGGUAAUCCCCUAUCCUGGCAUAGGUCCAGUAGGUUUGCGACCAGGAGGGGUGAUCAAGUUCAUUGGCAAGGAAGCAGUGAGGAAACUAUUGGAGAUGCAUGAAGUGGGAGCGCCAAUCUACGUGACCGGAGCCAAAGGCAUUGGCAAGAGCUGCACACUGCGUGCGAUAGCUGCCGCUCUCAUUAACCAGAGCGAGGAGAACGAGAAGAUCAUCUGCAUUUGGGACAUGGAAUGGGCGCUCUACAAUCACAUGGAAGCUCUGCGGAACGCGCUGUUAUUUGCGUACUGUGAGGACGAGGCAGCGUGCAGGACGAUUGCGCAGCUGACUUCUGUACAGGAGGUGUGUAAUUUCCUUUCCGACAGGCGGCACCGCAGCGGGGAAGUUUUCUAUUUCGUCAUCGAUCGUGCAGAGUCGCUUGAUAGUAAGCGAUCAAACGGCGAAGAAAGAGGUGAUGUGGAACACAGGAAUCAAAUGAAAGCACUGUUGUGUAGAGUUGUCAGGCUUGGACGUUGUUGCAUAUACGGUGUCUCUCCAGCUGCAACAGACAUUGGUGACAGCUCCCUGCAGCAAAGCCAGUACCACAUGUCGUUGGGGUUCAAAGAUGCCUCUUAUAAAGCCUUUAUGGAUCAGUCCGUCCUUGGCAACCUCUGUCCCGAGUGGAAAGAAGAAGUUGAUAUCUACGGGGGCAACCAUCCGCUCUUCCUUUCCACUCUGGACGAAGCAUGCAGAAACUACGCUGCUCGUAUCAAUCCGCAACCGACGAGGAAAAGAAAAUUAGGUGGCUUUCCGGAUGCGGUGAAACCUCCAGAUAAUUCAGAGACCCUUGAGUGUCUCCGAGACCGAGAGGACUGGGAUGCGGUUCUACAGCUGUUCAUGUGUUCAAGUUCUUUGUCAACCAUUGCCAGUGACUGUGCAAGCGUGGUGCGUCGGUGCAGUUUAAGCGGAGUUUAUAACUUGAGCCAAAUGAUGCAAGCGGAUAGGAGAUAUGUGCUACUGGACAGCCAGCGGCGCGUGAAGGACUACUGCACUCCGUAUGUCAAGAGGUUGCACAUCGAAGGUUUCAGGGAAGCCGAACGAGGCAGUUUCAAUGGUGGUGCAUGGGUUCCAUAUUGCGACUAUCUGCUGAGGAAUCCCACGGGUAUCAACUGGAACGAGAUGGGCUGGCUAUGUGAACAUUUGUUCUCGGAAGCGCUCACGCACUGUGGUGGUAUGGUUGUAGACGACAUCCAUAUCCAAGGCAACAUCAGAGUCUUGCCAUUUUCUUCUCCUCCGAACUAUGCAGCUUGGAUUGGCGACAUUCAGAACAAGGUGGUGGAUGGAAUUUUCUUCCUUCCGUUUCAGUGGAACUUGCAUGCUGUUGACGGGGCUCUUGCGUUCAGGGAUUCACAGGGCAGGCUGCAUUUCUUUGCUCUACAGGCUACAACGAAUGACAAAUCCCACAGGCGCAGUGUUGGGGAGUUCAUGAAUCUUGGAGUGGUGGAGAAAUGGAUAGCUUUUGAGGAGAAGUCAUCGGCAUGGGAGCCCAAGGACGACUGGACGUUGCAUUUUACAUUUGUCUGCUUGAACCAGUCCGCCCCGGUCUCCGUGGAUCCAGUGAUUAAGCGUCUUCCAAGUGGGAAAUACUACGGCAUGGCUGGACACACAGUUCAUACAGUCACGUUUCAGGAUGCUUUUCGCCACACGUUCCAGGACAGCCUCAGGGAAAAGCUCGAGCAACUCACAAGGAUGCGAGAGCCUUUGGCACCCGCCACAGGAGCAGCAGUAGCAACCACUGUAUCAGUUCCCAAGUCACUCUUGGAGGAAAUCCUUGACUAUUCAACAAGGGAGAAGUUGGAGACAAUUGCGAAGGAUUACGGGAUGGAUCCAGCGGUUCACAAAAAAUUGAAGAAGGCUGAAUUCAUCGAAAUACUUGCACCCUUUCUACAUGACAAGAACAAGAUGCUUAGACGCGGUCGUUCCAUGCUAGCAGUGAGCCCUAGAGAGUCCAUUAUGGUGUCCGCUUUAAGCAUAAUCAUUGAGCGCGAGAUGGGACAGAAUUUUAAGUGGUAG